CCGUACCUCUAGAAAGGUAGCAAGAUGGCUGCGGAGCCGAACAAGACAGAAAUUUUGACCAUUUUUAAAAGACUACGGUCUAUUCCAACUAACAAGGUAACGCGAAUAAGUACUUACUGUCCAUUCACUAAUUUAAUAAGCAUGUAAUGGUCCAUUAUUGGAGGUAGAACGUAGACCAGAAAAAAAAGUCUGACGUCCAUCCGUCUACAGUAGCAAGCUGGUCUCUGUCUGGGCCUUAACGUUAGCUACGACGGCCAGCAAGAAGUUGACGUUAGCUCACUAGGCUAGAUAGCAAAGUUUGCCUCUCCAAAUCAGCCACGUAUACUAUAACUAUGCCUAGCGCCUGCUUUGUGUCGUUGACUCUCCCUGCUUGGCUAACCUAGUUAGCCAGUCUGGUGACUUAUUUGAGCCAGAACGAGUAGGGCCGUUUCCAAUCUGAAAGGUUGUCUAGCUAGCUAGCACCAAGUCAACGUAAUUGGAUUCCUAGCAAACGUUAGCCAUACCAGCAGGUUAUUUUGCUUGCUAUCUAGAUGUCUAGCUAAUUAGUUAUAUCCAAAAUGCAACGUUACCUAGCUUAACGUAGCAAGCUAAAUUCCCGGGGUCGACUACCCCAUCCAUAGACGCGAACUACUUUCUCCGCAUCUUCUUCCCAGGGGAAUUAUAAUAGCUCGGUCUGAACUUGAACACGCAUCACUUGCGCUACGGUCUUGGAAAUCUAAAGAACCGGACUUUCAUAUCAGCGAGAAAACAUUUUCAAAAAAUGUAAAGGACCCUUUAUACCUUUUCUAUAGGGUUAGUCUCCCCACACGGCCAUAUUUCCAUGUUACAGCGCGUGUUUACGGAAGACUGAACACCUGUGCUAAUUAGCUAUCUAACACAGUUCGUGUGUAAUGAAGAAGGCCGCCACAAACGUGUUGUAACUAAAAAAAUGUCGGCUGCGAAUGAAGCCGUUUAAAAGUGUAUAUUUUGCAUUUGUGCAAAUAUUUUGAUGUGAUAUGAACGUAAAGAGCUUUGUUUCUAGAACCGUAUCGCAAUUGAGUCAAUUCCCGUUUAGAGUAUUUUGCUGUUUACCUCUGAAAAUAACCUACACUGAACAAAAAAAUAUAAACGCAACAUGUAAAGUGUUGGUUUCAUGAGUGGAAAUAGAACAUCCCAGACAUUUUCCAUAUGCACAAAAAGCUUCUCUAAAAUGUUGUGCACACAUUUGUUUACAUCCAUAUUGGUGAACAUUUCUCCUUUGCUGAGAUAAUCCAUCCACCUGACAGGUGUGGCAUAUCAAGAAGCUGAUUAAACAGCAUGAUCAUUACACAGGUGCACCUUGUGCUGGGGACAAUAAAAGGCCACUCUUAAAUGUGCAGUUUUGUCACACAACACAAUGCCACAGAUGUCUCAAGCAGUUUCCCCUCUCGCGUCGCCUCUUCCUCUCUGAUUGGGUGCAUCUCAAUAGUCCAAAAUGUCUUCCUUUUCUCCGUGAACCACUUUGUAUUAUCGAGACGCGCUCACUGCCAUUUUUAUGUUAGCUAUGCAUUCACUGACAGUGAAGUUAAAAAAAAAAAAAAGCAGGAAAGCUAUUCAUGAACAUCCAAUCCUGGAGGCUGCGAUCAUAUGUAGAACCUGAGAUCUUGAGCAAAUAACCCUCGAGUUUAGUCAGGAGACAAUGAACAGGGCUUUUAGGGUUAAUGUAUGAGUGAGUAUAUGUGCGUCCCAUGGCUGUAACUACACAGCUUGUUGUCUUCCCUGUUUAAGACCACAUCCAGACAUGUCUUCUGUAGAUAGCUCGCUCGCUAACCAGGCAGUGGAUUGUGUGUUUGUUUCUGUGCAGGCAUGCUUUGACUGUGCUGCAAAGAACCCCAGCUGGGCCAGUAUACCGUAUGGAGUGUUUCUGUGUAUCGACUGCUCUGGCAUUCAUCGCUCUCUAGGAGUGCACCUCAGCUUUAUCAGGUAGCUUAGUUGUCUGUCCACACACACACACACACACACCUCAUGACUCGACAAUCGCAUAGUUUUACUGUCAGUGAAGAGGUGUGCCGUGCCAUACGCUUAUUGUCGAGGAGAACGUUUGAUACAAUCCCCAUGUUUUUUUUCUUCACCACAGAUCCACUGAGCUCGACUCCAACUGGAACUGGUUUCAGCUGAGAUGUAUGCAGGUCGGAGGCAAUGCCAACGCGGUACGUUCAAAAAAAUAAUAAACGUCCGUUAUACAUAGACGUUGAGCAACGCACAACUUUAAACAGGACCUGCUCUGCAUCUGACUCUCUCCCCUCUUGUCCGUCUCCUCCUGGUGAAGACGGCCUUCUUCCGCCAGCACGGCUGCUCCACCAAUGACACCACCGCCAAGUACAACAGCCGCGCGGCACAGAUGUACCGAGAGAAGAUCCGACAGCAAGCCAACACGGCACUGUCUAAAUAUGGGUCCGACGUAAGUAUGGGCUGUGAGCGCAGCUUCCAACGGUCAACCAAACGUACCGUACCUUAUGUAGCAUGUAUGCAUGUAACAACCCAUAAACUAGGCUCACAGUGAUAUCCCUACUCCCAAGUUGUGGUUGUGACCACUAUACCACUGAAAAUUGAGCUUUUGGAAUUACACCAUUUUUAUUGAGUUGUUUAAAUUCCUGUUGAUAUUAUUAUUAUGUCUUAUGGUUCUCUAUAUAGACCUAUAUAUUCCUACUGAUAUUAUUAUUAGAUCUUAUGGUUCUCUAUAUAGACCUAUAUAUUCCUACUGAUAUUAUUAUGUCUUAUGGUUCUCUAUAUAGACCUAUAUAUUCCUACUGAUAUUAUUAUGUCUUAUGGUUCUCUAUAUAGACCUAUAUAUUCCUACUGAUAUUAUUAUGUCUUAUGGUUCUCUAUAUAGACCUAUAUAUUCCUACUGAUAUUAUUAUUAUGUCUUAUGGUUCUCUAUAUAGACCUAUAUAUUCCUACUGAUAUUAUUAUUAGGUCUUAUGGUUCUCUAUAUAGACCUAUAUAUUCCUACUGAUAUUAUUAUUAGGUCUUAUGGUUCUCUAUAUAGACCUAUAUAUUCCUACUGAUAUUAUUAUUAGGUCUUAUGGUUCUCUAUAUAGACCUAUAUAUUCCUACUGAUAUUAUUAUUAUGUCUUAUGGUUCUCUAUAUAGACCUAUAUAUUCCUACUGAUAUUAUUAUGUCUUAUGGUUCUCUAUAUAGGUCUAUAUAUUCCUACUGAUAUUAUUAUGUCUUAUGGUUCUCUAUAUAGACCUAUAUAUUCCUACUGAUAUUAUUAUUAUGUCUUAUGGUUCUCUAUAUAGGUCUAUAUAUUCCUACUGAUAUUAUUAUGUCUUAUGGUUCUCUAUAUAGACCUAUAUAUUCCUACUGAUAUUAUUAUUAUGUCUUAUGGUUCUCUAUAUAGACCUAUAUAUUCCUACUGAUAUUAUUAUGUCUUAUGGUUCUCUAUAUAGACCUAUAUAUUCCUACUGAUAUUAUUAUGUCUUAUGGUUCUCUAUAUAGACCUAUAUAUUCCUACUGAUAUUAUUAGGUCUUAUGGUUCUCUAUAUAGGUCUAUAUAUUCCUACUGAUAUUAUUAUGUAUUAUGGUUCUCUAUAUAGACCUAUAUAUUCCUACUGAUAUUAUUAUUAUGUCUUAUGGUUCUCUAUAUAGACCUAUAUAUUCCUACUGAUAUUAUUAUGUCUUAUGGUUCUCUAUAUAGGUCUAUAUAUUCCUACUGAUAUUAUUAUGUCUUAUGGUUCUCUAUAUAGGUCUAUAUAUUCCUACUGAUAUUAUUAUUAUGUCUUAUGGUUCUCUAUAUAGACCUAUAUAUUCCUACUGAUAUUAUUAUGUCUUAUGGUUCUCUAUAUAGACCUAUAUAUUCCUACUGAUAUUAUUAUUAUGUCUUAUGGUUCUCUAUAUAGGUCUAUAUAUUCCUACUGAUAUUAUUAUGUCGUAUGGUUCUCUAUAUAGACCUAUAUAUUCCUACUGAUAUUAUUAUUAUUAUGUCUUAUGGUUCUCUAUAUAGACCUAUAUAUUCCUACUGAUAUUAUUAUGUCUUAUGGUUCUCUAUAUAGACCUAUAUAUUCCUACUGAUAUUAUUAUGUCUUAUGGUUCUCUAUAUAGACCUAUAUAUUCCUACUGAUAUUAUUAGGUCUUAUGGUUCUCUAUAUAGGUCUAUAUAUUCCUACUGAUAUUAUUAUGUAUUAUGGUUCUCUAUAUAGACCUAUAUAUUCCUACUGAUAUUAUUAUUAUGUCUUAUGGUUCUCUAUAUAGACCUAUAUAUUCCUACUGAUAUUAUUAUGUCUUAUGGUUCUCUAUAUAGGUCUAUAUAUUCCUACUGAUAUUAUUAUGUCUUAUGGUUCUCUAUAUAGGUCUAUAUAUUCCUACUGAUAUUAUUAUUAUGUCUUAUGGUUCUCUAUAUAGACCUAUAUAUUCCUACUGAUAUUAUUAUGUCUUAUGGUUCUCUAUAUAGACCUAUAUAUUCCUACUGAUAUUAUUAUUAUGUCUUAUGGUUCUCUAUAUAGACCUAUAUAUUCCUACUGAUAUUAUUAUUAUGUCUUAUGGUUCUCUAUAUAGACCUAUAUAUUCCUACUGAUAUUAUUAUGUCUUAUGGUUCUCUAUAUAGACCUAUAUAUUCCUACUGAUAUUAUUAUUAUGUCUUAUGGUUCUCUAUAUAGGUCUAUAUAUUCCUACUGAUAUUAUUAUGUCGUAUGGUUCUCUAUAUAGACCUAUAUAUUCCUACUGAUAUUAUUAUUAUUAUGUCUUAUGGUUCUCUAUAUAGACCUAUAUAUUCCUACUGAUAUUAUUAUUAUGUCUUAUGGUUCUCUAUAUAGACCUAUAUAUUCCUACUGAUAUUAUUAUUAUGUCUUAUGGUUCUCUAUAUAGACCUAUAUAUUCCUACUGAUAUUAUUAUUAUGUCUUAUGGUUCUCUAUAUAGACCUAUAUAUUCCUACUGAUAUUAUUCCUCCACUGAGAAGGCAACGAACUCCCCCUCUCUCGUCCCUCUCACAGACCCCCAUAUCAGCUACACGUUGGCCUGUUGAGUCACUAGCGAGUGGCCAAACUCCACGUGUGAUGUCACCAGCAGCAUUAAGUCAUGUCUUGUGGAUAGACCACACGAUACAUAAUUACCCACAAACACCAUAUCUGUUCUUAUCGGUGCAGCCGCUUGCAGAUACACUUCAAGGUCCACACAAGGCUUUUUGCGGAUACCAAUUCAGAUUGGUAAUGCGCUGUGAGUGUGUUGAGGUGUUUCAAAUUUUAACUCACUAGUUUCAAAUCAUCAACUAUGGUCUUCAGUUUGGGACAAACUGUUUAAGCAGGUGUGAUAGAGCUGAGCUAGAUUUAAAAUGGGACAUCAAUACGGCCCACAUGACAAGAAUAUUCCUUUCAUAAAUCUAUUGGGUAUAGACAUAUGAUUUAUCUAUAGAGACCAGGGGUUGAUUUGACUCUGGGCCAUCUAAAUCAAAUGUAUUUAUAAAGCCAUUUUUACAUCAGCAGAUGUCACAAAGUGCUAUACAGAAACCCAGCCUCAAACCCCAAACAGCAAGCAAAGCAGAUGUAGAAGCACAGUGGCUAGGAAAAACUCCCUAGAAAGGCAGAAACCUAGGAAGAAACCUAGAGAGGAACCAGGCUCUGAGGGGUGGCCAGUCCUCUUCUGGCUGUGCCGGGUGGAGAUUAUAUGAGUACAUGGCCAUUAAGGCCAGAGCGUUCUUCAAGAUGUUUAAACGUUCAUAGAUGACCAGCAGGGUCAAAUACUAAUCACAGUGGUUGUAGAGAGUGCAGCAGGUCAGCACCUCAGGAGUAAAUGUCAGUUGGCUGUGAAUGCUGUCCGUAAAACCCUUCCCUUUUUCUCUCAGCUGUGGAUUGACUCACCCAGUGUGGGCAGCCAGCCUGCAGCCCCAGAGAAGAGACAGACAGACUUCUUUGCCGAGCAUACUCAGGUAGGCCUGAGGUCUACUGUUCAAAUCACACUAACCACACAAGUGUUUUGUGCUUCUGUGUUCAUUCUGUGUGUGCGGUAGUGUUGGUUGUGUGUGCGUGUGGUUCUGUGUGUGUGUGUGUUAUUUAAUGUGAAUGAAUUGGUGUAUUUGCAGCCUUUAAACAGCUGGGACAUGACGGCUCCUUCCAUGACAGAACACAAUGGAGCCCUCAACCCUCAACUAUUGGAGGACACACCCAAAGCCCCCCACACCGCCAGCACUCGUGAGUCUGUCUCACACACACACACACACACACACACACACACACACAGUCCCCCCUCUCCUAUCCUUUCGUCUGGAGCUUUCCCAUACAUUUCUGUUUUUGAACUAGACAGUUGAUCUGUGAUUGUAUUUGCCGUUCUCAGAGCAGGAGGAAGGCCCAAGCAUUGAGGGACUGAGCACUGAGCCAUCUCCCAAAGUCACUAUAGGUAAGUCCACAGCCAGCGUCCUGUUCCUCCUCUGCCCCCCUUUCACAUGACAACAGCUCCUCCCCUCACCCCUCCACGCAUCUUUGCUGACCUUAAAAACAAGGAGUAGGUGAUGGUAACAUUGGGACUGUAGCCAUUUACAGACCUCAACAUCCACAGUAACCCCCCCCCCCUUGUUGGCUCUUCCCAGAAUUGGAGACCCCCCCUGAUUUAGACGUUUGGACCACGCACCAAAUUGUCCCUAACCCUCACAUGCAUGUGUAGCGAAUCCUAGAACACAGUCACUGGAGGUUUUCCCAUGUGACUGUGGAGCCCUCAGUAACACCUGUGUCUGCUUUGUCCGUAGAGGACUCGAUGCGUUUGUCAUCAGAUCAACCACAGCUACCCAAAGGUGAUUGGAACGCCUUUUUUUAAAAAGCUGCCGUUAGCCCAUUGGCUGGCCAGAUUUUCAGGAAGCAUGGCUGGUUCUGUGCUUGACUUGACACUUCAUCCGAUUGUGACACGCAAGCUUAAGCCCUUCCCUCCCAGCUCUAACUACAAUGUGUAACUGCUAAACCUUUCUUCCAGUCUCCUAACAUUAAUAAAACAGUCAGACAACCCCUAUUCAACAUGUAUCCUCGGUGGCAGAUCUAGCAGGCUUAGUGCCUAUCAAAUGUUUUUCACUCCCCUUGGACUUCUUCAUGUUUUAUUGUGUUACAAAGUGGGGUUAAAAUUGAUUUAAUUAGUUUUUUUCUUUUGUCACUGAUCUACACAAAAUACUGUCAUGCCAAAGUGGGGGAUACAAUUCUGUACAGGCUUCCUUCUUUUGACUGUCAUUUACAUCGGUAUUGUGGAGUGACUACAAUGUUGUUGAGCCAUCCUUAGUGUUGUCCCAUCACAGCCAUUAAAACCCUGUAGCUGUUUUAAAGUCACCGUAGGACUCGUGAUGACAUCACCGCACGGUUUCCUUCCCGUCCGGCAGCUCAGUUAGGAAGGACGUCUGGGUGGUUUGAUACACCAGCCAAAGCCUAAUGAAUAACUUGACCAUGCUUAAAGGGAUAUUCAGUGUCUGUCUUUUAUUUUUUUUUAAAAAAUUUUUUGAACCCAUCUACCAAUCGCUGCCCUUCUUUAUGAGGCAUUUGAAAAGCUCCCUGGUUGUUGGUUGAAUCUGCUUGAAAUGCACUACUUCACUGAGGGAAAGGGAAAGGGGGAUACCUGGUCAGUUGUACAACUGAAUGCAUUCAACUGAAAUGUGUCUGACCUUACAGAGGUUGUAUGUUUGGGGAACCAAGAAAGGGUCAUUCAAAUCACGUUAACCCCUAUGAUGUCACACACUGAGGCCGUGCAACUUAUUGUGUGUUUUGCUAUGCAAAUGUGUUCUGCUGAACUAAUUUAAGCUCGCCUAUAUCUAUACAUUCAAGAUAUUUGAGUUAAUUCAUUUUUCUUAAUUUGUGAACGUUUUAUAUAAUUUUAUUUUCUGUUUGACAUGGAGUAUUUGGUAUGGAUCAAUGGUUUUGUGCGGAUCAUUUCAGUCCUACUUUGUAACAAAAUGUGGAAGUCCAAAGGGGUGAAUACUUAUUAUAGGAACUGUAUGUCCCAUGACUUUAGAAUAACGUAACCAAAUGAACCUCUUUCUGUCAUGUAUAUGCCAAUGGUGCUGUCCUUCAGCUGCAAUGCUAUAACACUGCUGGCUGCAGCACAUGGCAAAGUUUGUCUUGAAACUGCUUUGAUGGGAUCAAAGGACUGUUGGAAAACUAUUUCUCAUCUGAGUGUGUUGACAUGUUCUUUUGUAUAGAGUCUGCUAAAUGUUUGCACCUUUUUUUAAUAGAGGGGGAAACGUACAACAGUUUGUGCAUUCACAUGUAUGGGUCCCGCCUAUGCAUUUGUAGGGGAAACACUGGUGUGUGUGCGACUUGCGUUCCUUUUUUCGAAGUUGUGCAGAGCGAUUUACUAAUCGGGAGUCCCUGGCCUGUCGGUGUCCACCAGUGUUCUGAUGAUGAGCUUUGUGUUACAGAUGUGAAGCAGUCCAUCAUUGGGAAAAAGAAGCCCACCACUACUAAGAAAGGGGUAAGUUCCUCCCCCUUCAGCACUCAGACAGGUUGCUCUGCAUGAGGGGCAGGGUUUUGCGUGUUCCACGUGACCCGACUAGGAAACACUUGGGGCCCUAGUUCUGUCAUGUAGUUAGGGCUCAGUGUUGUUCCUGGAUAAGUCACGUUGACCAGAAAAACUAAUGUCCCAAAUCAGAACCACCACCAACCCCUAAACACGUGUAUGUGACCAAUAACAUUUGAUUUGAUUUGAGUGCAUUGAUCAAACCAUGAAUGUAAUACUACCACUUGUCCACUGGGGGGGCAGUCAGUUCCUCUCCGUCCCCAGCUGUGUGUAACCAUCUCCUCUGUGUUCCUCUCUCCCUCCAGCUGGGUGCUAAGAAGGGCCUGGGGGCGCAGAAGGUGAGCAGCAAGAGCUUCUCAGAGGUGGAGAAACAGGCCCAGGUAGCUGAGAAGCUGAGGGAGGAGCAAGCAGCUGAGGCUAACAAACAUGCAGAGGAGUCCAUGUGAGUGAACCACAGUGUGACCGUCGGAGAGCAAGGAAACGCCUCCGCCCCAACACGCUGCCCUUCAUGCUGCUGAGUGUUUACGCUAAAUUCAGAUUUGCUGUCUUCUCGUGGUCAGACUGUUCAGAGGUAGAAUAAAUCCUGCUGCAAAUAAUGCAGCAUACUUUUGCAUACAAAAAAAAGUGAAUAGAAGGUUUCCUUGAGUACAGCAAGUAGUGACAUCACGUCAGCAUUAGGGCUAGCGCAAUAAUUGUGUUAUCGUGUAACCGACAAUUAUGGACUCUAACCGUGAAAAAAUAAAAUCAUCGUCUUAAUACAUUUUAUACACGAAGAAGGUAAAGUUAGUAAUCAUUUUAUGAGGAGAACAGUACGGUUGGGAGGAGAAGCUUCAUUUCCUGGUUGGGAGGAGAAGCUUCAUUUCCUGGUUGGGAGGAGAAGCUUCAUUUCCUAAAGUUCCAAACAGGCAAAAUUGUUGCAAAUGAAUGUAGUACAAUUCACAAAUGUCUCUCUUUUUGCAGUGUGGCCUCCAUGCGCCUGGCCUACAAGGAGCUGGAGAUUGACAGGAAGAUGGAAGACAGGAAGAUGCAGAACAUGGAGGGUAAGAAGAGAGAGCAGGCUGAGAGGCUGGGCAUGGGCUUCGGCAACCGCAGGUAAUAAAAUUAGCCGUAUUCAAAUGAUAUUUUCAAAGAACAGUAAUGUUUCUCUCAUGGAAUAAGCAUUCCUUGAGCACUACAAAUAGCAAUCAAGUGCUGCCUGUUUGCUUGUGCUAAUGUAGGCUAUUGCAUUUGCUUAAAAGGGAUACUUCGGGAUGUUGGCAAUGAGGUCCUUUAUCUACGUCCCCAGAGUCAGAUGAACUCGUGGAGACCAUUUUUAUGUCUCUGCGUUCAGUAUGAAGGAAGUUAGAGGUCGUUUUGUGAGCCAAUGCUAACUAGCUUUAGCGCAAUGACUGGAAAUAUAUGGGUAUCUACUAGCAUGCUAGUUAGCAACUUCCUUCAAACUGCACGUAGAGACAUAAAAAUGGUAUCCACGAGUCCAUCCCUCAUGUCCAAAAUCCCCAAGUGUCCCUUUAAUUGUUUACGCUUUUGGUUGGUGGCACAAUCUUUGAUGAGAUACCCAUCUUACAGAGUGUGGCUUUAACUUCAGUGGCGUUUGUGUGUUUACGGUGUCUGUGUGUGUAUAUAGAUUGUGUUGCAGCACAUUAUUGUGUGUGUGGACAUGACUAAGUGUGUGUAUUCUGUGUAUUCCAGCACCAUAUCUCACUCGGUGAUGUCAGAGAUGCAGGUGAUUGAGCAGGAGACGCCCGUGGGGGCCAAGUCCUCGCCUCGCUCCAAACUGGACAUGUUCGAUGAGCCGGGCUUCUCCUCCGGACCCCCUAAGUACGGACCCCAGACAGAUCAGAAUGUCUUCUCCUAAGGAGGAGUAGUGUAAAAACGGGUUCCUGUCCAAUUCCAAAUGGACUUCCAACCCCUAGCUAGCUACCUCCCAGGUACUGGGGUUGUUGUGUACAGCUGAAAGGAUUAGAUUGGUAUUAACAAUGUGGUAAUGGCUACAACUUGCCCUGAGAUAGGCUAGAUAGAAUUGUCUUCAUCUUGCUAACACAUCUAUCUAAUCCUUUCAUAUCUAUCCAAGAGCCUUGGGUCUGUGGGUUAGGGGUAGAGCCAUGGGUCUGUGGGUUAGGGGUAGAGCCUUGGGUCUGUGGGUUAGGGGUAGAGCCAUGGGUCUGUGGGUUAGGGGUAGAGCCAUGGGUCUGUGGGUUAGGGGUAGAGCCUUGGGUCUGUGGGUUAGGGGUAGAGCCUUGGGUCUGUGGGUUAGGGGUAGAGCCUUGGGUCUGUGGGUUAGGGGUAGAGCCUUGGGUCUGUGGGUUAGGGGUAGAGCCUUGGGUCUGUGGCUUAGGGGUGGAGCCUUGGGUCUGUGGCUUAGGGGUAGAUUUGGAAUAGGAAAUACAUCCCUUUGUCUACCUCGGUUUCCUCAGAUCCAAUCCAUUGUGAAUGUGUCCUUGUGUAUCCCUGCCUGACCAACAACAUUGGAUAUCUCCCUGCCUGUGUGUGUUUUGUUGGGACAGGUACAAGGACAACCCGUUCACGGCAGGCGACGGCUUCGGCUCACGGUGGGACUCUGAGGGGGGCGUGGCCUCCUUCACCUCCUCCUGGGCUCUGGAGAAGGAGGAGCCUAAAGAGGAGGUGACCAUCUCCAGCAUUCAGCCUAUUGGAGAACGGCCCAGUCGGCGAAAGGCGGAGGCUGCGGCGCCUGUGGCCGAGACGAGCGAGGCCAGGCAGAAGUUUGCCAACGCAAAGGCCAUCUCUUCCGACAUGUACUUCGGCCGCGAGAGCAACGCCGAGGUAAAGUGCCACCGGUCAACUGAACGGUAACCUCUAGAGCAAGGCAGGCCGCAUUCAAGACAACCGCCAGUCUAGUAUGGUCUGGUCUAGUAUGGUCUGGUCUAGUAUGAUCUGGUCUAGUAUGGUCUGGUCUAGUAUGAUCUGGUCUAGUAUGGUCUGGUCUAGUAUGAUCUGGUCUAGUAUGGUCUGGUCUAGUAUGGUCUGGUCUAGUAUGAUCUGGUCUAGUAUGGUCUGGUCUAGUAUGAUCUGGUCUAGUAUGGUCUGGUCUAGUAUGGUCUGGUCUAGUAUGGUCUGGUCUAGUAUGAUCUGGUCUAGUAUGGUGUUGUUGGCGUUGACUAGUCUAAUGAGAUGGUGUUGUUGGUGUUGAUUAGUUUAAUGAGAAGGUGUUGUUGGUACUGUAGUCUAAUGAGAAGUUGUUGACUAGUCUAAUGAGAAGGUGUUGUUGGUACUGUCUAGUCUAAUGAGAAGGUGUUGUUGGUGUAGUCUAGUCUAAUGAGAUGGUGUUGUUGGUGUAGUCUAGUCUAAUGAGAUGGUGUUGUUGGUGUAGUCUAGUCUAAUGAGAUGGUGUUGUUGGUGUAGUCUAGUCUAAUGAGAUGGUGUUGUUGGUGUAGUCUAGUCUAAUGAGAUGGUGUUGUUGGUGUUGACUAGUCUAUUGAGAUGUUGUUGUCUAGUCUAAUGAGAUGGUGUUGUUGGUGUUGACUAGUCUAAUGAGAUGUUGUUGUCUAGUCUAUUGAGAUGUUGUUGUCUAGUCUAAUGAGAUGGUGUUGUCUAGUCUAAUGAGAUGGUGUUGUUGGUGUUGACUAGUCUAAUGAGAUGUUGUUGUCUAGUCUAAUGAGAUGGUGUUGUUGGUGUAGUCUAGUCUAAUGAGAUGGUGUUGUUGGUGUUGACUAGUCUAUUGAGAUGUUGUCUAGUCUAAUGAGAUGGUGUUGUUGGUGUUGACUAGUCUAAUGAGAUGUUGUUGUCUAGUCUAAUGAGAUGGUGUUGUUGGUGUAGUCUAGUCUAAUGAGAUGGUGUUGUUGGUGUUGACUAGUCUAUUGAGAUGUUGUUGACUAGUCUAAUGAGAUGGUGUUGUUGGUGUUGUCUAGUCUAAUGAGAUGGGGUUGUUGGUGUUGUCUAGUCUAAUGAGAUGGUGUUGUUGGUGUAGUCUAGUCUAAUGAGAAGGUGUUGUUGGUGUUGUCUAGUCUAAUGAGAUGGUGUUGUUGGUGUUGUCUAGUCUAAUGAGAUGGUGUUGUUGGUGUUGUCUAGUCUAAUGAGAUGGUGUUGUUGGUGUAGUCUAGUCUAAUGAGAUGGUGUUGUUGGUGUUGACUUGUUUAGCUAAUGAGAAAAAACGAGAUAUAUUGGUCGACCUAGAGUCGUCUGUUCUUUUCUACCAAUUGAUUGGUCUAAAUUUUAUAACGUGUAUUUUUCCAUAUAUAGACACACCCUAUGUGUUUUAAUCAAAUCAACUAUAUGCACUGAACUUGUCUGAAGCUUUAAGCGAACUGUUUGAUUAAAUAAUUAAGACACAAAUUAGUCUAGAGGGAGCCUGGUCCAGGCUCAGACUUGCUGUGUUAAAAAAAAAAAAGACAGCGAGUGACUGUGACUAGCACCUGUUGCUUCUCUCUCCCCCCAUGAUGCAGCGACCACCACAGAACAUCAGCCGUGUUCAUCACGCUGUCCAUGUUGCUGAAGCUGCAACAUAAUUACAGACAUUUCCGACUGAAAAGUUCUGUUACCGAAAUCCCUCAUUUGUUUAGGAAAAACAUUCCCCAUUCCCUCAGACCUUGCUCUUUUCACGUGACACGUGUACGUAUCGCAUGAACGUAACCAAUGAGGCCUGACCUAUAGCAUAUCAUAAUCACAUCAAUACAUUAGUUAUAACCAGAUCUGAACACCGUAACACACGUGACAGUAAAAAUGAAUGCGGAGGACGUGAAAAAGAAACUGGAAACUGGGGGAAUGUUUACUGGUUACUCAGGAGGGGAAAAGGGGAAUGUUUACUGGUUACUCAGGAGGGGAAAAGGGGAAUGUUUACUGGUUACUCAGGAGGGGAAAGGGGAAUGUUUACUGGUUACUCAGGAGGGGAAAAGGGGAAUGUUUACUGGUUACUCAGGAGGGGAAAGGGGAAUGUUUACUGGUUACUCAGGAGGGGAAAACGGGGGAAUGUUUACUGGUUACUCAGGAGGGGAAACGGGGGAAUGUUUACUGGUUACUCAGGAGGGGAAACGGGGGAAUGUUUACUGGUUACUCAGGAGGGGAAAAGGGGAAUGUUUACUGGUUACUCAGGAGGGGAAAAGGGGAAUGUUUACUGGUUACUCAGGAGGGGAAAAGGGGAAUGUUUACUGGUUACUCAGGAGGGGAAAGGGGAAUGUUUACUGGUUACUCAGGAGGGGAAAGGGGAAUGUUUACUGGUUACUCAGGAGGGGAAAGGGGAAUGUUUACUGGUUACUCAGGAGGGGAAAGGGGAAUGUUUACUGGUUACUCAGGAGGGGAAAGGGGAAUGUUUACUGGUUACUCAGGAGGGGAAAGGGGAAUGUUUACUGGUUACUCAGGAGGGGAAAAGGGGAAUGUUUACUGGUUACUCAGGAGGGGAAAGGGGAAUGUUUACUGGUUACUCAGGAGGGGAAAGGGGAAUGUUUACUGGUUACUCAGGAGGGGAAACGGGGGAAUGUUUACUGGUUACUCAGGAGGGGAAAAGGGGAAGUCAGAUGUGUGGAAGAAAUGUGAUCAAGAAAAAUAAGAAACGUAAGGAGCAAGCGCUGCAUGCAUAUUAUGUGUUCCAAACAGGUGCUGUUAGAUUACCAUAUCAUUUAUUUCUGACCUUUUGGAACAGUGUAAACAACACAAAAUACAUUAUAAAUGUACCUUUUUUGUAGAGCCUUCAUUACAGCGAAGACUAAAAACAGUCGUGUGCAUUUCGUUACAGUUUAUUUAUAGUUUAGGCUAAUUAUUCAUUAUUUUGUUAUUUCAUUCUAAAAACUAAAAUGCUUGAUUGCGUUUCAAAUCAUGAAUGACUCGUAUGCUGUGUGACGACAUGAGCGAAUGAAUGCUUUGAUUAAUGCAGUAGCCUAUAUAUUGACAUAUAGGCCUCAGUAAAUUACAGGAUGAAGACAGCUAAACAGAAUGAGCUCUUCGGCCUACAGCUCGAUGGUGGUUAUACAAGGCUGCUAUACUAAGCCUACUAAUGAUAACGACAUUAAUUAUUAUUAUAAUAACAAUAAGGAGAUUAAGAAAAAAGCGCAUAGGAGCGAGAGCUGUUUGCAUAUCGUGACAAACGUGCUGUUGGAUUACAAUAUAAUGUUUCUGGCCGUUUGGAACAGUGUAAACAACACUAAAUAAAUAAGUAUACAAAAAUAUAAAUAAAAAAGUACACAAAAAUAUAAACGCAACAUGCAACAAUUUCAAAGAUUUUACUGAGUUACAGUUCAUAUGAGGAAAUCAGUAUAUUGAAAUAGAUUCAUUACGCCCUAAUCUAUGGAUUUCACAUGACUGGGAAUACAGAUAUGCAUCUGUUGGUCACAGAUACCUUAAAAAAAGAGGUAGGGGCUUGGACCAGUCAGUAUCUGGUGACCACCAUUUGCCUCAUGCAGCGCGACACAUCUCCUUCGCAUAGUUGAUCAGGCUGUUGAUUGUAGCCUGUAGAAUGUUGUCCCACUCCUCUUCAAUGGUUGUGCGAAGUUGCUGGAUAUUGGCGGGAACUGGAACGCGCUGUCGUACACGUCGAUCCAGAGCAUCCCGUAAAGUAAAAAAAACAGCAGAAUUUGUGAAAUUGCUGUAUCCGACAUUUUGUGAUUAGACAAUUAAGGCAAGGGCUGUUUCCUCGUCUCCUCACUCCGCUGCUGUCUCCCCCUCAUUGUUCUCAACACCAAUAUGCUGGUUAACUUUGCUAUUAUGCACAUGGCAACAUGGGCUAGGAAAAGGCGGCAAUUCAACAGCGCACUGAUGUUUCUGAACCACAGACAGCGACCGCUAUCCAACGGGGGAGAAAGCGCAUGUUAUAAAAUGUUAUUUUUAUUAGUGUUGCACUAUUGUUCUUACGUAAUAUAACCAUAUACAAUUUCAGUAGCACAUGUCUUAGACUGAUGGACUGUGCCACCCCCACGGCCUCCACAAUGGAUCAGUCCACUCAGACAGGCGCCAAUCAGACUGGUGUCUUGUACGCCGUAAAAAUAAAAAUAAACAUUGCGACUGACUGCUCAACUAAAUAAAUAUCAAUCGACCAGUCGACUAAAUGGGGUCAACCCUAAACUAAUGAGAUGGUGUUGUUGGUGUUGUCUAGUCUAAUGAGAUGGUGUUGUUGGUGUUGACUAGUCUAAUGAGAUGUUGGUAUUGACUAGGCUAGUCUAAUGAGAUGGUGUUGUUGGUGUUGUCUAGUCUAAUGAGAUGGUGUUGGUGUUGACUAGUCUAAUGAGAUGGUGUUGUUGGUGUUGUCUAGUCUAAUGAGAUGGUGUUAUUGGUGUAGUCUAGUUUAAUGAGAUGGUGUUGUUGGUGUUGUCUAGUUUAAUGAGAUGGUGUUGGUAUUGUCUAGUCUAAUGAGAUGGUGUUGUUGGUGUUGUCUAGUUUAAUGAGAUGGUGUUGGUGUUGACUAGUCUAAUGAGAUGGUGUUGUUGGUGUUGUCUAGUUUAAUGAGAUGGUGUUGUUGGUGUAGUCUAGUUUAAUGAGAUGGUGUUGUUGGUGUUGUCUAGUUUAAUGAGAUGGUGUUGUCUAGUCUAAUGAGAUGGUGUUGUCUAGUCUAAUGAGAUGGUAUUGUCUAGUCUAAUGAGAUGGUGUUGUCUAGUCUAAUGAGAUGGUGUUGUUGGUGUUGACUAGUCUAAUGAGAUGUUGGUAUUGACUAGGCUAGUCUAAUGAGAUGGUGUUGUUGGUGUUGUCUAGUCUAAUGAGAUGGUGUUGUUGGUGUUGUCUAGUCUAAUCUCCCGAGUGGCGCAGUGGUCUAAGGCACUGGCCACGCUGUGCCACUAGAGAUCCUGGUUCGAAUCCAGGCUCUGUCGUAGCUGGCCGUGACCGGGAGACCCAUGGGGCGGCGCACAAUUGGCCCAGCGUCGUCCAGGGUAGGGGAGGGAAUGGCCAGCAGGGAUGUAGCUCAGUUGGUAGAGCAUGGCGUUCAACGUUGUCUAGUUUAAUGAGAUAGUGUUGACUAGUCUAAUGAGAUAGUGUUGUUGGUGUUGACUAGUCUAAUGAGAUGGUGUUGGUGUUGACUAGUCUACUGAGAUGGUGUUGUUGGUGUUGUCUAGUUUAAUGAGAUGGUGUUAUUGGUGUAGUCUAGUUUAAUGAGAUGGUGUUGUUGGUGUUGUCUAGUCUAAUGAGAUGGUGUUGUCUAGUCUAAUGAGAUGGUAUUGUCUAGUCUAAUGAGAUGGUGUGGUCUAGUCUAAUGAGAUGGUGUUGUGGUGUGGUCUAAUGAUGGUGUUGUUGGUCUAGUCUAAUGAGAUGGUGUUUUUGGUGUAGUCUAGUCUAAUGAGAUGGUGUUGUUGGUGUAGUCUAGUCUAAUGAGAUGGUGUAGUCUGUUGGUGUUGACUAGUCUAAUGAGAUGGUGUUGUUGGUAUUGACUAGUCUAAUGAGAUGGUGUUGUUGGUGUUGACUAGUCUAAUGAGAUGGUGUUGUCUAGUCUAAUGAGAUGGUGUUGUUGGUGUUGACUAGUCGAAUGAGAUGGUGUUGUUGGUGUUGACUAGUCUAAUGAGAUGGUGUUGUUGGUGUAUUCUAGUCUAAUGAGAUGGUGUUGUUGGUGUUGUCUAGUCUAAUGAGAUGGUGUUGUUCUGUCAUUCCCCAGUAUGAGGCCAAGACACGUCUGGAGGGCCUGUCUGGCAACACGUCCAUCAGCUCUGCUGACCUGUUUGGGGACGGGAGUGACCGUGACACAGGUAAGGGUUAAUGGUGUGUGUUUUGAGUAUUUGUGUGUGUGUGUGUGUGUGUGAUCUCUCUCUUUCUCGCUCUGUCUCCUCAGGGGCGGCAGGUUAUGACAGUGUGCUGCCGACUGGGCCGGACAUUGCUCAGUUCAAACAGGGGGUGAAGACUGUGGCAGGCAAGAUGGCCGUGCUGGCCAACGGAGUCAUGAACACCAUACAGGUGAAGGGACCAGAGACACCUCACCACAAUACAAUUACACAUACAGAGAACCUGUCCUGUUUGUCUCGUAGAACACACAACCGAAGACGUUUUGCAACUGAAAACGGAAAUGUAGCGUUUGUGUUGAACAAGUCCAGGUGGUUUCUUCCUGUUUCAGUCAGUUUUCUUCAGUUUGGUACCUAAUGAUCACCAUUUAGUUUGGUACCUAAUGAUCACCACUGUUCUCUAGUUUUGGAAGGAAAACAUACCACUCUGUUCUCUAGGAUUGGAAGGAAAACAUACCACUCUGUUCUCUAGUUUUGGAAGGAAAACAUACCACUCUGUUCUCUAGUUUUGGAAAAAAAACAUACCACUCUGUUCUCUAGUUUUGGAAGGAAAACGUCACCAGAUGGUUCCUAAUCUGCUGACCCAGCUUCUUGUGUUUGUGUGUUAGGAUCGCUAUGGUGCCUACUGAAGAGCCCAGGACGACCAACACCCACCUGCAGGGGGUAGAGGGAGCGAUGACGUCAUACUGACAGAGAGCGGAGUGAAGGGGGACGGACAGAGCAAAUCACUACUGACUGAUAUCUGUAGUGAGAUUAGAGAGCAAGGAAGAGUGAUUGCAUGAAUGGAGGUGGACCCCCUCCCCCCCGUUUCUGUCUAUGCUCUUUUGUUAGAGAGUGAGACAGUCAUUUUAUUCGUUUUAUUUUCAGCGAAGAAAGCACUGGGAGGUGUAGAAAGUAUUUUUUUUCCUGUUCUAACAAGUUGUUUUCUAUAAUGAUUUGGUCUCUGAUUUCAACAAAUAUUAUUGAUUUAAAGUAUUCUCUAAGAAUUAUAUGAUAACCAAACCUAUCUCUUAAGUUUUACUACGCUUAUUGGACAUUGUUUUUACUGUGUGUUUUCAACCGUUUCUCACUAUUUUAACAGAUGGAGCCGUAUACGUUCAGCCACUCAGCAUUAACAUCAGCAAAGGGAAGCAGUAGUCCAAUAUAGUUGAUUUAUCUGUUUUCAUUUUAGUUACCAUGACAAUAGAUUACAUUCUCUGGUCGAUUUGGAGUUGAGUUAAUCACACAAAGUAAAAAUAUCUGUGAGAUUGUAAGAAUGGUUUAACUGAACUCUACACAGCAUGAAUCAAACACAACACUGCUACUAUCUGACGUGAGUGACGCAGUCUACGAAGUUCAGGAGAUGGACGCGGGGUGUAUAUUUUAGAAACGUAAUGACCUAGCCGAUCUUGUGGCGCAAUAUGAGUUAUUCAUCCGGGUCUGAAAGGUUUUCAGUCGGGUCGGAUGAAAGGUUGGUUUUCAGCCUUUUUCAACAGACAAGAGUUCAGUGUGUGUGUGUGUGUUUAUAGGAAAGGUCGGGUGCUUUGACUGAAUGGCGAUGCUGUUAAGAAUGUGGAUGGUGGUCUCCUUCAGGCCAUGCAUGUCCAGUCACUGGGUUUAC